AUGUACAAUAGAGAUUUUCGUAUCCGGGUGCAUCGUUCUCGAGGUGAUAGUGGGCAAAACGAAGCCGAAAGAACCAACUCCGCAAUCAGAGAUGCCGUUGUUGAUGGUGCUACCAUCGAAUGGGAACAUUACGAGUGCUUUGAUGGUUUACAAGAUAAUGAAAUAGCAGCCAUGUCCCUUCAGGAUUAUGAAAUCCACGAAGCCCAAAGAAUGGAAAAGAAUGCAUGGAGAGUUGCCAACCAGCUGGCGGAAAGGAUUGAUGGCGCACCUGUCUUAUCUGAGUUUAUUCAUGGCUGUGUUUCGGAAAAAACAGAAGAUUCAUUCUUUUUUAACGAAGAUUAUCUGUCAAAGUAUAUGAGUGCAACAAAGAAUGUUAGAUCACAUCUUCCAGGAUCAGCUUACUUUAACAAGAUAUCCGACUUUAUGGACACGCAUGUCCAAUCGGGAGAAUUAUACAGUGAGUUCCUGAGAGACUCAUGUCAGAAAACAGACGGCUCAUUGUGUCAAUACUGUUCCGAAAAUCGUUGGGUUGGACCUGUCAUGACAAGAAUUCCUAGACCAAUUCCAGAUUACUCCAAACUAACAGACUAUAGUUACAAAUCUGUUUGUGACACUUCGGUUUUGGACAGUGAUGGGAAGGAACGAGAGCCUGAUGACUGGCAACCAAGACAUAACAUUAGGAAACAGUAUGAGCAAAAGAAUCUUAGUGCAGUUAGUGCACUUAACCAGUUUGGAAAAUCUUACGAAAAUCCGGGAUCGACAGCGGCAAAACGACCGAAGAGAAAGGCAGCAAAAAGAUGUGUCUUCAUAUAACUGGAAAUCGCUUGUGGAAGAUGGAAAGCUUGCCUCUCUUACAGUACCUGAACUCGACAAAUACCUCGAGCAUUAUCAGCUGCCCAAUAAUGGUCGUAAAAACGAUAAGAUGAGAAGGAUAAUUGCUCACUACUUCAGCGAGAACAGCGAACAAAUUCCAGAGAACUUUGCCAUAAAUAGAGAAGACGACAAUGAAAGUGGAAGCGAUGAAGAUUUACUAAUAUAUGAAAGUGAGAGCAGUGACAAUAAUGGGACUAGUGAGAGCGAGGACAGUGCGACGGAUAAUAUUUGUAAUCCACCAUCGUUAGUAUCUCGAAGUGGUCGCAGAGUUGGUCAUUGGCGAACCCGUUAUGCAAAUUAA